CGUUUGAAGUGGCGGGCGCGGCCGGCGGUUGGCGGGCGCGGGUCACGUGCGCGGGGUCCGGCCCCGCCCCUGCGCGCUCCGCCCGCUUCCGCCGGCAGCAGCCGCCCAUCGAGCAGCGCGGCCGCGGCCCCGGGCCCUCGCAGCCGAGCCAUGGGCGACAAGAAGAGCCCCACCAGGCCGAAGCGGCAGCCCAAGCCAGCGUCGGAGGAGGGCUACUGGGACUGCAGCGUCUGCACCUUCCGCAACGGCGCCGAGGCCUUCAAGUGCAUGAUGUGCGACGUGCGGAAGGGCACCUCCACCCGAUCCACAUUCUUUGAAGUUAUUGUGAAUGCCUCGAGGACCAAGGAACCGUUGAAAUUUCCAAUUACAGGAAGGAAACCUCGACCUGUCUCGCAGUUGGUUGCACAGCAGGUUACUCAGCAGUUUGUGCCCCCUACACAGUCAAAGAAAGAAAAAAAAGAUAAAGUAGAGAAAGAAAAAAGUGAAAAGGAAACAACUAGCAAAAAGAACAGUCAUAAGAAAACAAGGCCAAGAUUGAAAAAUGUGGAUCGGAGUAGUGCUCAGCAUUUGGAAGUUACCGUUGGAGAUCUGACAGUCAUUAUUACGGACUUUAAGGAGAAAACGAAGUCACCUCCUGCAUCUAGUGCUGCUUCUGCAGAUCAACAUAGUCAGAGUGGCUCCAGUUCUGAUAACACAGAGAGAGGAAUGUCUAGAUCAUCUUCACCCAGAGGAGAAGCCUCAUCACUGAAUGGAGAAUCUCAUUAAAGUUUAUUUUCUCCAACUUCUUAGUCACUCUGUCACACCAUGCAGAUACACAGAUUAUGCCAAGAAGUACCACAUUUUCAUGACAAAUAUUCAUGUACAACUCACAAUUUGAGUUUUGCAUAAAGUAGAAAUUUGUUAGAACCUGCUAGAUUUUUACUGCAAUUACAGCUACCAAACAUUUCCAGAAUAAACAUUUUGGUCUAAACAUUUUGAUAAAAGGUGCCAUGAAAAUGUGGUUGAAUUAUUCAUUAUGCAGUGUUAUUGGUAAGUCUGUUUUCACUUUUAGUUUAGUGAAUUCUAGCACAUAAUUCUUAAAUUCACUAUUAUUGGCAUGUAACAAAUUAAAAAUUUUAUAACAUAGUGCAAGCUGCCUAAAUAUGUAUUAUUUGAGAAUUGUGAAACAAAUAGUAUAUGUAUACAAGUUACAGAUCGACUUAAUCAACUAUUGCUGCAACAAGACUUUCUUUAUAGUUAUCCUCUUAAAUAAAUACACCUGCUGGUACUUGGUGUGGUUAAAUAGGAAAAUUGUUAUUAAAUAAAGAAUUUGUAUAAACCGUUGCCAAUGUUUUUGACACAUUUUACUAAAUUAUUGUUGGUGACUUAUGUUUCUGGUUAUAUCUUUUUUUUUUGCUUAUCUUUCAAAGCAUUCAUUUAUUGUAAUGUUUACUAGUAGAAUAGUAAACAAUAAAUAGUUUUAUAAUUCAGGUUUAGUACUAUGGUCAUUGAACACUGGUAUUUUCUGUAUUGUUUAAACACGAAAUUUAAGAUUAUUCCAAGCAUUUGGCAUAAUAUUUGGAAAGAGAAACUAGCAGUAUUUAAAAAACUUCAGUUCUGAUAAAGUUUUAAUUCAAUAAUUUUAUCCCUCAAACUUGUCCAGGGUCACAGAAGGGUGAAUCUAAUCAAUAGAGAAAAUGGUAACUUGCAGAUAUGGGAAAUAAUGUUAAAUUAGUUUGAUUGGCCUCAUUAAGUAUGGCAGUUAUUAUAAAAAUUAUAGUGCCCUAUUUUCAAGUAACUACCAGCUUAAGCAUUUAUCAAUACUUUGAAAUAAAAAUAAAUGAGUAUUUAUCGCCCCACUCAUCAUUAUGUAAAAUUACCAAUAAAAUAUUUUUGUGACAGCA